AUGGAUUUACCGGAAAACGAGGAGAGCCAUGACAAUGCUCGUCGCGCCCGAGAACUCUUCAACUAUUUCCAACCCGACAAUCCCGCCCUCCUCCCAUGUAUUUCGAAAUUUGGCCAACUGCCAAUCAAAGCAAGCCCUAACCUCGUUCUCACCUCUCUAACCCAACUCGCAGCGCUGAAGUUGGGGGUCCAACGCGCAAUUAUCAGCUUGAUCGGUCGGGAAACACUAUAUGUGGUCGCGGAAGCAACACGGUCUUUGAAUUUGGGUGACAACAGCGUUUGCGACAAUGACAGCGAUAGCCUGUGGAUGGGUUGUUCGAAUGGUCCUCUGGCGGGCACUUUGUGUGAGGAAACAAUCACACUCCACCCGACCGCGGAAGAAAGGCAUCGUUUCUUUAUUGUCGAAGAUUUGAAAGAACAUCCCACCUAUUGCAAAAUUCCCUGCGUCACCGGUGCCCCGCACUUUCGAUACUAUGCCGGUACUCCUCUGACGACUGCUAGUGGCAUCAAUAUCGGGAGCCUUUAUGUCAUCGACCCGCGGCCAAAUAUAUGCCUCAGCGAGCUUCAAAAAGAGACACUUGGUGUCAUCGGGGCUGCAGUCAUGGAAUAUCUAGAGACAUCUCGUCAAUCACUAGAGAGCGGACGUCUAGCAAACCUGCUAACUGGUCUAAAUACUUUUGUUCAAGGCGAGGAUAGCGUUGAUCCCAUUAAUGAACCCCUUUCGAGAACCCCAAGCUCAUCGGAGCUAGAUCAGUCACGCACAUCCAGCCCUCUCACAAUCCCGACCGAAAGACUAGAAAGCGAGAAUAUGCAAAUUAUCAAGAAAGCAGGAAAGAAUAAAGCACAGUCAGAAAAUAGCCCCAGGCUUGCUUCAGAUGCUACAUUGACUACCAACAAUGAUCAGAAUACGUCCUUCCAGCAAUCCAAUGCUUCGAUAAAUUAUUCAACAAAGAAGAACGCAUUGACAUUUCAACGCGCGGCUCAAAUCAUGCGAAAGAGCCUGGACCUUGGAGAAAAUGGCGGUGUCGUAAUAUUCGACAGCAAUGCCACUCCUGGGUUAGAUCCUGAUGAACACUCAAGAGACGCGCCGGCUGUCUCUCGGCCCCUUGCCAAAAUAUGUGCAAUUUCGAGAGAGCGCACUGACAAGGGCGGUUCCCAAGAUCACCUGAAUUCCGUGCCGGUUACUCAAAUGGAUCGGGGAUUCAUAAAGCGUAUGCUACGCAGGUUUGGUAAAGGUGCCAUUUGGUAUUUCCAUGAAGAUGGAACAGUCUUUUCGUCGGAUGAUGAUACAAGCAAAUCAGAAUGCGAAGGAGAUGAUACAAAUUCUUCUUCCCAGAGCCCCAGCAUGUCCCAGCCACGACUCCAGGAUGUAUUACGGGAAAAGGAUCUUCGAGCUUUACGGAAAUACUUCCCUGAUGCUACUCGUAUCAUAUUUACGCCUUUAUGGGAUUCGUUUAAGUCCCAGUGGUUUGGUGGUUGCUUUUGCUGGAGCUCAGCUGAAACUCGCAUUUUCAGUGCUCAUGUCGAGCUAGGUGGUGUUCUCGGAUUUGGUUCUUCAUUGAUGAUGGAGCAUAGCCGUAUCCAAAGUCAAGAAUCGGACAAGAAGAAGGCAGAUUUUAUUAGCAAUAUUUCACACGAGCUUCGAAGUCCGCUACACGGAAUCUUAGCUGCCAGCGAAUUCCUUGCUGAACAGGUCGGUUCCGAGCUCCCCAGGUCCCUCCUCGACACCAUUCGCGCCUGCAGUCAAACACUUCUGGAUACGUUCGAGCAGAUUUUGGAUUUUACGAAGAUCAACUCUUUCCAAAAGAAGCGACGAGACCACACUCUUCGCUUGUAUGGAGACCGGGGUGUGGCAAAAUCCCAUACAUUGCCCGAGUCUCUACACAGUCUAAAAGUUACCAAUGUUGUGGCGGUCAUUGAAGAAGUCAUCGAAAGUAUUGCUUUUAGUGCAACUCAUUACAAAGGAGGGCUGUUUGAUGAUCUCAACUCCGUUCAUAUCGAGCACGUCGAUGUUUCCAUUGACGUAGCCCCUGGUGACUGGGUCUUCGUCUUGGACCGAGGGGCAUUACGGCGUAUAGUGAUGAACAUAUUCAGCAAUGCGCUCAAAUACACCAAGAAGGGCUCCGUAUCGGUCCGUGUUGAGAUUCAAAAAAGCUCAGGGAACCCGAAAGUUGACAACUGCAACACUCUUCUUUUGACGGUCUCAGAUACUGGAAGGGGUAUUUCGAGCGAAUACCUGCGCUCCGACCUUUUUACUGCCUUCUCACAAGAGGACCCUUUAGCACCGGGCACUGGACUCGGGAUGUCUAUUGUUCAAAAUAUCCUCCGAUACCUGGGCGGCAACAUCAAAAUUAAGAGCCAGCUCGGCAUAGGAACCACUGCCGAGAUUUUAAUACCGCUCACAUCCCCCAAAAGUGAACAUGAAAAAGAUUAUAUGAUUACUCAAGAACCUUCUGUUCAAUCCACGAUAGAUGACCUCCAGUCUCUGAGGCGUGAAAUCAAAGGAAAGACAGUCUCCUUCAUUUCUUCCGAGGGCACUUCAUCGAAAGUUCUUCCUUCAGCCCGCACAAUCACAAACUACUUGACAGAAUGGUAUGGUGUACAACUUCAACCAUGGACUCUGGGUUCACAUGCGGAUCUGGUUGUGGUUGAUGAAACACAAAUUUCGCACAUGCAUUCAAAACAAUUACCCAAAGUUCUGGUUCUAUGUCGAAAUGCGCAAUCAUCGCAGGCUAUCAUCCAGAACUUAGAACCACGAUGCGGGCGUGUCGAAUGGCUUAAUAUUCCUUGUGGUCCCCAUAAACUAGCACGGGCAAUCCAACGUUGUCUGCAAGGAGAAUCAGUCAAACCAUCCUCACAAGUCUUCGGUCAAAAGAUCGAAAAUAAUAGCCCAGGGUCUGGGGGUCAACGAAUCAGCCCAAUUGUACCACUUACAACUGCAAAACUCCCACUCGCGACCCAAAUUCAACUUUCGUCGAAAAGCGAAACACCUUCCUCUACUCCAACCCCUCAUGAGUCAAAUUCAACGCAACCACAGAGCCAAUUACAGCCUGAAAACAAAAACGCUUUGGUCGAAGGGACGGUUAAUACUGUCGUCGGAUCCGAAGGACUUCGGAUUCUUCUAGUUGAAGACAACCCUAUCAACAUGGCGCUACUUCAAAAACUAGUCGCUCGGCGUCAUCCAAAUCUCCUUCAUUCCGCUGUAAAUGGUCAGAAAGCCGUCGAGGCAGUCAAGAACAUGCCUCAGGGGUACCACCUCAUAUUCAUGGACAUGUCAAUGCCUGUGAUGGAUGGAUUUGAGGCCACAGAGGCAAUUCGGGCCCUUGAGUUGGAACGACAAUCUGUAUCACCCGCCAGGAUCAUUGCUCUAACCGGUCUAGGCUCGGAUGAACAUGUCAUGAAGGCUUACGCCGCAGGUGUUGAUAUGUUUGUCACAAAGCCUGUUUCUUUCAAAGAAAUCACUCGCCUGAUAGAUGAUGUGAAGAACUACGCUCCUUGGACAGACCAAUAG